CAAUUACCCCGAUAGCGUUAAAAUUAGACAAGUGUCGUUGACGAUGCGGAAUGCCAAGGCCUCGAUCCAGGUGUGCGCACAGUCGCUCCAAGCACGCUUUGCGCUGCGAAAGAUGCUCAUGCGCGGCCAAGAUCUCUCGCACCAACAAAUGGAGUUUGUCGUCAAGUACCUCCAGCAAGAGACAUCAAUCCACCGGUUGGGAUGGUGGCAGCUCUUGACGCACACAGAAAAGCUCGCGCUGGCGCAAGAAGUGACCUUGAAGACGAUCGAGAAAGGCAAGCGCGUCACGAUCCUCACCCGCGCCAACAACGAAGCUAACGUCGUCUUACGCGGCCGCGCCGAGUGCUUCCUGCUCGAGUCGCAGCAGUUCAAGCCGGUCAUCAACAACGAUGGAUUUGUCUUUGGCAAUCUCAAGAUCACAAACACCACGUACUCAGACGCUAACCCCGCGGGGUGGGCCGCCGAGGCACCGGAAAUGCAUCUCUGCCCAUACCAAAAGGUGGUGCUGGUGGGGCCCGCCGACUACUUGAUCGUCACGGCCAACUUCACCAUCAACGGCGCUGUGCAAAAAGUGGCCAACGUGACCAAAAACCACGGCCUCGCUCGCUACGGCUUGGACGCCCUAUCGCCCUUUGCCCGGCUCCACACCUACGACGCGGGCUGCCACAUUGUCCGCCAAGGCGACGCCAAGUCGUACCUCUACUUUAUCACGUCGGGGGCGUGCAAAGCUUCGUACAAGGACCCGUCGGUGGUUGACGGACCGGACGACCGGUCGUUUGCGCUCGCCAAUGCCAACGGCGUCGACGUCGCGCUACUGGGUCCGCAGUCGUACAUUGGGGACAUUGCCUGUCUCUUUGACUUGCCCGAACCCGUCACCGUGACUUGUCUCUCGGACGUCGACGUGGUCUACUUCAACUUGCAAGAGCUCUACGACGUGCUGAAAACCUCGGACGACUUGAAGCGACGGCUUGUCGUCGUUGCUCACCAGACGCUCGCCUUUGUUCUCGAACGCAUGGGCUUCCUUCUCGGCGACAAAUGGACGACAGAGUCGCCAAGCUUUAAUGAGCUCCAAACGUUCUUGAGCCAUCACACCUUGCCUUACUUGCCGCCGUACGAAGACGAGGCAAAAAGACCAUUAAGUGCAGCCAAGAGCAGCGGCAACAACAACCGGAGCGAGACGCCGAGCGCACUGGACACGACGCCGCGUUCGGCGAUGCUGGCGCAAUUCCAGCACGUCAACAUGGCAGCGGUCGAGCCCAUUGAGCCGACGCGCGAUAUGCUCGUGGCCAUGCACAGCAUGCACUCGACGUUCCGGACCAAGUCGUUGGCGUCGCACGGGUACGCCUUGGUGCACCCAUCAGCGCCCGCCAUCCACAGCAGCGAACUCCCUCUCAAGACUGCCCAGCACAAAGCGCAUUUUUUGUUUCCAACCAUGACCAAGCAGCGCCAGUACCACGGGCGGACGCUGCCGCUAAUUGAAAAGUGCCAAAGCCUCGAGACCCUGUACUUGCAUACACCAGCCAAGUUAUGAAAUGAACCCUCGGUUGUCUCCAGAACCAGACUUGAAGUCUUGCAGCCACAUCUGAAGCCACUGGUCAAGGUCCUUGGCCCACGGACUCAGGGAAGGACGUGCAAUGUGGGACUUUGGCCGGACACUGGUGUCGAUGUACAAUACAUGUUGGUUUAAGUUAUAAAAUAAAAUGCACGUGAAGACUGU